AUGGUUCAGAUAGGCGUUCCUCAGUUGGAAGAUUACGAGCUGAACCGUGAACCAUCCGCCAACAGCGAAAUGCAGCUGGUUUCUAGCUCGUUGGACGCCUCUGGCCCGACACGGGCAGUUGAAGGGCACUUCGGCUUUGUGUCUGGCGUCAUUCUGAGAGAGCGUCUGUCAUCUUUCGAGAGAGUGCUGUGGAGAGCGUGCCGCGGAAACAUCUAUCUUAAGUUCGCAGAUAUUGAUACUCCGCUGGAAGAUCCAGUCACUGGUGACCAGGUGAACAAGUGUGUGUUCAUCAUCUUAUUCCAAGGUGAACAGCUAAAGUCCAGAGUGAAGAAGAUCUGUGAAGGGUUCCGCGCUACGCUGUACCCAUGCCCCGACUCGCCGGCAGAGCGCAGAGAGAUGGCUAUAGGUGUCAUGACUCGCAUUGAGGACCUGAAUAUUGUACUGAGCCAGACACAGGACCAUCGUCAUCGCGUGCUGGUCGCUGCUGCGAAGAACAUCAACGUGUGGUUCGUGAAGGUUCAGAAGAUCAAGGCCAUCUACCACGCGUUGAAUCUAUUCAACUUGGAUGUGACCAGGAAAUGUCUGAUCGCCGAGUGCUGGUUCCCAGCGGACGAGGUGGAGAGAGUUAACGGGGCACUCCGUAGAGGCACCGAAAAGAGUGGGAUAGAUGCACCUUCAAUUCUGAGCCAGACCGUAACUAUGGCAAAUCCACCGACCUACAACCGCACCAACAAGUUCACGUCGGCGUUCCAAAGCCUGGUUGAUGCGUAUGGUGUUGCUAGCUACAGGGAGGUCAACCCAGCUCCAUUCACAAUCAUUUCUUUCCCAUUCCUGUUCGCUGUGAUGUUUGGAGACACUGGACAUGCCAUGUUGAUGCUGGUUUUUGCUGCUUGGAUGGUCAUCAAAGAGAAAUCCUUGCUAGCUCAAAAGAGUACGAAUGAGAUAUGGAACACAUUUUUCGGUGGUCGUUACAUCAUCUUGCUGAUGGCACUAUUCUCUAUCUACACUGGCUUGAUAUACAACGACUUCUAUUCCAAAUCUGUUAACUUGUUCGGUACAGCUUGGCAUUCCAAUUAUACGAAAGAUGUUCUUGUUGCCAACAAACAGCUGCAGAUGUGUCCAAACAAGAAUAACUGCGUUGGCCCUAAUAAUAAAGUGAUUCCUACAAACUACCGGGGCUAUCCUUAUCCGCUCGGAAUGGAUCCGAUAUGGAUGAUAUCGGUUAACAUGAUAACGUACAGCAAUUCAUUCAAAAUGAAGAUGUCAGUUAUAAUCGGCGUCUGUCAGAUGUUGUUUGGUGUGAUCCUCAGCAUCUUCAACCAUAGGUACUUCAAGCAACCGUUGAACGUAUUUGCCGAGUUCAUACCACAGCUGAUAUUCCUGAACGGCAUCUUUGGGUACCUGUGCGUUCUGAUCAUUGCCAAGUGGAUAUCGUGGGCAGGCGACGAUGCAGCCUGCGCACCAAGCCUCUUGCUGGGACUAAUCAACAUGUUCCUCUUCAAAUAUGUGGACGAGAAGGACUCCAGCAUAUCCUGCAGCCAGAAGCUCAUGUUUCCUGCACAGAAAAGCCUGCAGACGGCACUAGUAUUCCUUGCAGUGAUCAGUGCAUUGGUACUCUUACUGCUAAAGCCACUAGUCCUGAAUUACCAACACAAAAAGAAACUUCGACAGGCGGCAACAGCAAGCCAACAACCUGGUCCAUGCAUAGAAUCAUCUGCGGAGGACCACUUAACGCCAUCUGGCGGAGGACACGGAGAGAAGGGCGACGAAGACGAGUUUGACUUCGGGGAAAUGUUUGUGCAUCAGUGCAUCCACACUAUUGAGUUCUGCCUGGGAUGUGUGUCCCACACUGCAUCCUACCUUCGACUCUGGGCCCUCAGUCUUGCCCACGGACAACUGUCCGAGGUACUGUGGACGAUGAUUCUACGCAUGGGCUUUAGUGUCAACGGGUUGUUUGGCAGUGUCAUGAUAUUCGCUGUCUUCGCUCCCUGGCUGAUGCUAACUAUCGGCAUAUUGCUCGUCAUGGAAGGCCUGUCCGCGUUCCUGCACACUCUCCGUCUGCACUGGGUGGAGUUCCAAUCAAAGUUUUACAUCGGAGACGGCGAAGCGUUCAUCCCGUUCUCGUUUGAUGACAUUCUGGACCAGGCUGAGGCGUCUAACCACGAAGUGCGCUAAAAUUACAGGCAACUAAACGAAAAUGCCGCAAUAGCGUGUCUAUACAAAGCUAACGGUUGCUUCUAGUAAUUACAACAUGUUUUAAACGUUAAUCAUAUAAUUCUUUAUAAAUGUGAAUCUAUUAAGUAAGAACAUAAUAAUUUAUGCCUGAAUGUGAUUACUCUCGUAAUCAACAUAUUGUUAUGUAUUAUUUCGGUAUCAUGGCAUCUUAACGAUUACUGUGAAGAAUUCUCGGCGUAAUGCGAAUAGCUACUGUUUUAAAUUAAC